AUGGCGUCCAUUGAAGAAGCUUCAAACAAUCAAUCUUCUUUUACUGUGAAUGAAGAUUCUGUCAAUCCAUUCUUUCUUAGUCGCAAUGAUAACAACACAGUUCAACUAGUGUCUCAGAAGUUGAUUGGAGGAAAGAACUAUUUUCCAAGGGCUAAAUCAAUGAUCAUUUCACUCACUGCUAAACACAAGAUUGGUUUUAUCGAUGGCACAAUACCAGAACCAGAUCCAAAUUCACCUCAAUUCAUCUUAUGGACACGAUGCAACAUGAUAGUUCUGAGUUGGAUCAUUAAUUCAGUCUCAGUUGGCAUUGGUUCUAUCAUCAUGUAUAUAGAUAAUGCUAGAGCAAUUUGGCUUGAUUUGCAUCACAGGUUUUCUCAAAAAAGUGGACCUAGAAUCUUUGAGCUUCAAAAGGAAUCUGCCUAUCUUGUACAAGGUCAAUUCUUUGUGGAGGAUUAUUAUACAAAGUUCAAGGCUUUGGUUGAUGAAUUGGCUAACUACCAAUCUAUUCCUCUUUGUAAGUGUCCUUGCGCUUGUGGAGCUCAAAGAAUCACUUCAGAUCUUUAUGAUCAUGAUCAAGUUCUUUCCUUGAUCUUGCAAGAGGAGAAACAAAGAAGCUUCAAGAAUGGUGAAUUCAUUGGUCCUGUCAUAGCUCAUCCUAUUGAAGCCACAGCAUUGUAUUCCAAUGCAAGUUUUGGUUCAAAACACAGUCACAGUGGCAAAGAAAAUUCCAAGAAGGAAGGACCUAUUUGCACCCACUAUGGGAAAUCAGGGCAUAUAGCAGACAAGUGCUAUAGGCUACAUGGUUUUCCACUAGGAUUUAAGUUCAAAAACGAAUCCAUGGCAAACCAAGUCUCUUGCAAUCAGAUAGCAGGAUUUGGGACUAUCAAUCCUGGUCAAACUGGUGAAGAAUCUGUUUUUUCAACUCCACAGUGUCCAAUCUCCAAGUCACAAUGUGAACAGCUUUUAGCCUUCUUGAAUUCACAAUCAGUUGGUGAAAUUACUCAGCAUUUAGCUUCAGCUUCACAGCAACCAACUAGCUUAAUAGCUACAGGAGCAAGUACUUCACAGCCUUUGGCAUUAAGUGCUUCCACUUCCAAUUAUCUCAACAAUUUCUCAAGUAAAGCCUUUUGUUCUUCAUCCAUUACAGUUCCAAAUUCAACUAUUUUCAUUGCUAAAGUAGUAAAUAGAUCAGCUUUUGAUAAAACAGAUUGGAUCAUUGACAUAAGGGCUACUGAUCAUAUGAUCCAUUCUGUCUUAGUUUUUAGUUCCAUCACUUGGGUUUCUAAUUCUUUUGUUUACUUACCUAAUGGUGAAAAGGUCUUAGUGACUCAUAUUGGCACAGAUCUUGCUCUCUGGAGCACGAUUGAUCUGAGUAGAGAGAAAAAUGGAUUGUAUCUGCUAGAUAACAAGUACAAGGAUUUGUCUUUUAUCCCAGCCUCUACUCACUAUCAUUUAGUUUCUACUCAUUCUGAUCUUUGGCAUUUUAGACUAGGGCACCCUUCAAGUGGUAAACUUGAGCUUAACCUUGAUCCUUUUGAUUCUAAUCCUUUGACAAAUGUGCUUCCUUCCUCUGAAACUAAUCCUUAUUUUAUCACACCUAUCUCCUUAGAUUUUAUUUCCUCACCUACUUUUUCUAAUGAUCAUCUUCCCAUUACUGUUAGUGAUUUUGCAGUAGAUACUACAGCUACUACAGAAUGUGUUCCUCUAGAUGCUUCUGUUAAUGAUGUUACUUCACCAUCUCUUGCACUUGAUUCACCCAUUGAUCCACCUCUUCCAAUUACUACUAUACCUUCCACUCAACUUAGAAAAUCCACUAGGGUCCAUAAACUGCCUUCUUACUUGCAGGACUAUUCUUGUUCUUUGCUUACCAAUAAACCACCUUCAGGUAGUCCUUAUGCACAGCACCUUUCUUAUGCUAACCUUAGCACUUCCCAUCAAGCUUUUGCUCUUGCUGCUAGUGUUGAAGUUGAACUUGAGUUUUACCAUUAG